CCCUCCCUCUGCCUACAGAUGUUGCAGCUGUCUUGUGCGAAGGGCAGGGUGCCCUUCCUGGCCCUCUGGCACCUCUUCCACCGCCCAGCUGCAUUCCUGAGCACCCAACGGGUGGAAUACAAGCCGAUCCAGAAGGUGAUGGUAGCCAACCGAGGGGAGAUUGCAAUCCGUGUCUUUCGAGCAUGCACGGAGCUGGGGAUCCGGACAGUGGCAGUGUACUCCGAGCAGGACAUCGGGCAGAUGCAUCGACAGAAGGCAGAUGAGGCUUACCUCAUUGGUCGUGGCCUGCCCCCCGUUCAGGCGUAUCUGCACAUUCCAGACAUCAUCAAAGUCGCUAAGGAGAAUGAGGUGGACGCGAUCCACCCGGGCUAUGGCUUCCUCUCCGAGCGAGCUGACUUUGCCCGGUCCUGCCUGGAAGCUGGCGUGCGCUUCAUCGGACCCUCUCCUGAAGUGGUGCGCAAGAUGGGUGACAAGGUGGAGGCCCGUGCUAUUGCUAUUUCUGCUGGAGUGCCUGUGGUGCCCGGGACAGAUGCCCCCAUCUCCUCUCUGAACCAGGCGCAGGAGUUUUCCCAGAUGUACGGCUUCCCCAUUAUCUUCAAGGCUGCCUAUGGUGGAGGAGGACGGGGCAUGAGGGUCGUGCGCAGCUAUGAGGAGCUGGAGGAGAACUACACCCGGGCAUUUUCUGAGGCCCUUUCUGCUUUUGGGAAUGGCGCUCUCUUUGUGGAGAAGUUUGUGGAAAAACCGAGACACAUCGAAGUCCAGAUUUUGGGUGACAAGCAUGGAAAUGUGGUGCACCUGUAUGAGAGGGACUGCUCCAUCCAGCGACGGCACCAGAAAGUGGUAGAAAUCGCACCAGCCUCCCACCUUGAUUCCCAGCUGCGGUCUAAGCUUACUGGUGACGCUGUCCGUCUGGCCAAACAGGUUGGAUAUGAAAAUGCUGGCACAGUGGAGUUCUUGGUGGACAGACAUGGCAAACAUUACUUUAUUGAGGUCAAUUCCCGACUUCAAGUUGAGCACACAGUGACAGAAGAAAUCACAGAUGUGGAUCUUGUCCAUGCCCAAAUCCACAUCGCCGAGGGGAAGAGUCUGCCAGAGCUGGGCCUGAAGCAGGAGAAUGUGCGGAUCAAUGGCUGCGCCAUCCAGUGCCGCGUGACGACCGAAGAUCCUGCUCGUGGGUUCCAGCCAGACACGGGCCGGAUUGAGGUGUUCCGGAGUGGCGAGGGGAUGGGUAUCCGCCUGGACAGCGCCUCUGCCUUCCAGGGAGCCGUCAUCUCCCCCCAUUACGACUCGCUCCUCGUGAAAGUCAUUGCUCACGGCAAGGACCACCCCACGGCGGCUUCCAAGAUGAGCCGGGCUCUGGCUGAGUUCCGCAUCCGUGGAGUCAAGACCAACAUCCCUUUCCUGCAGAAUGUGCUCGGCAAUAAUCAGUUUCUCCAUGGCACUGUGGACACCCAGUUCAUUGAUGAAAACCCAGAUCUUUUCCAUCUGCGGCCUGGCCAGAACAGAGCUCAGAAGCUGCUCCACUACCUGGGACACGUCAUGGUGAACGGCCCCACCACGCCCAUCCCUGUGAAUGCCCGGCCUUCGCCCAUCGACCCUGUGGUCCCUCCGAUUCCUUUAGGUCAGCCUCCCGCAGGCUUCCGGGACAUCCUCCUCAGCGAGGGCCCUUCGGGCUUUGCCAAGGCUAUUCGCCAGCACCAGGGUCUGCUUUUGAUGGACACCACCUUCCGAGAUGCUCACCAGUCGCUGCUGGCCACUCGUGUUCGCACCCAUGACCUGAAGAAGAUCGCCCCCUUCGUAGCCCAGAACUUCAGUAGGCUCUUUAGCAUCGAGAACUGGGGAGGUGCCACCUUUGAUGUUGCCAUGCGCUUCCUGUACGAGUGCCCCUGGCGCCGGCUGCAGGAGCUGCGCGAGCUUAUCCCCAACAUCCCAUUCCAAAUGCUGCUGAGAGGGGCCAAUGCAGUGGGCUACACCAACUACCCGGACAAUUCUGUCUUCAGGUUCUGCCAGAUGGCCAAAGAGAACGGGAUGGACAUCUUCCGCGUCUUUGACUCCCUCAACUACCUUCCUAACAUGCUGCUGGGGAUGGAGGCAGCCGGGCAGGCUGGAGGUGUGGUGGAGGCUGCCAUCUCCUACACAGGAGACGUGGCCGACCCCAGCCGGACCAAGUACACCUUGGAUUACUACAUUAGCCUUGCUGAGGAGCUGGUCAAAGCCGGGACUCACAUCUUGGCCAUCAAGGACAUGGCUGGGGUCUUGAAGCCGCAGGCUUCCUCCAUGCUUGUGGGGGCGCUGCGCAAGCACUUCCCCAACGUCCCACUCCACAUUCACACCCAUGACACUUCGGGUGCUGGCGUGGCUUCCAUGCUGGCUUGUGCUGCUGCUGGGGCUGACAUUGUGGAUGUCGCGGUGGACGCCAUGUCUGGGAUGACUUCCCAACCAAGCAUGGGAGCAAUGGUGGCUUGUACCCGUGGAACAGAGCAUGAUACAGGCAUCCAGAUGGAGAAGGUCUUUGACUACAGCGAAUACUGGGAGGUGGCUCGGGGUCUGUACGCCGCCUUUGACUGCACGGCCACCAUGAAGUCGGGCAACGCGGACGUCUAUGAGAACGAGAUCCCCGGCGGUCAGUACACCAACCUGCACUUUCAGGCCCACAGCAUGGGGCUGGGCCACAAGUUCAAAGAGGUGAAGAAAGCCUACGUGGAAGCCAACAAGCUGCUUGGCGACCUCAUCAAGGUGACGCCCUCUUCGAAGAUUGUGGGCGACCUCGCUCAGUUCAUGGUCCAGAACAACCUGACGCGGGAAGAUGUUGAUGCUCAGGCAGACGAGCUCUCCUUUCCCCUCUCCGUGGUGGAGUUCCUGCAAGGCUACAUUGGCAUCCCCUAUGGGGGCUUUCCAGAACCCCUCCGCUCCAAGGUGCUGAAAGAUCUGCCCCGCAUGGAGGGCCGCCCCGGGGCCUCUCUGCCUCCCCUGGAUUUUACACAGCUGGAGCAGGAAUUGUGCGAAAAGCAUGAAGAGAUUACGCCAGAAGAUGUCCUCUCUGCCGCCAUGUAUCCCAAGGUCUUCAAUGAUUUCAAGGACUUCACAGCCACUUUUGGACCUGUCGAAUGUCUCAAUACCCGCCUCUUCCUGGAGGGACCCAAGAUUGCAGAGGAGUUUGAGGUAGAGCUGGAACGGGGGAAAAUCCUGCAUAUCAAGGCCUUAGCCCUGGGAGACUUAAAUCGGACUGGCCAAAGGGAAGUCUUCUUUGAACUGAAUGGGCAGCUGCGCUCCAUCCUGGUCAAGGACACCAAGGCCAUGAAGGAGAUGCAUUUCCACCCCAAAGCCCUGAAGGACGUCAAAGGCCAAGUGGGGGCUCCCAUGCCUGGAAAAGUCAUUGACAUCAAAGUGCAGGAAGGCGCACUCAUUGAGAAGGGACAGCCGCUCUGCGUCUUGAGUGCAAUGAAGAUGGAAACAGUGGUCAACUCGCCCUUGACAGGCACAGUCAAGAAAAUUUAUGUCAAGCCAGAGAUGAGCUUAGAAGGGGAUGAUCUGAUCCUGGAGAUCGAUUAGCUCAUCUCCCCAGUGACCACAAAAGCCAUUGCUUCUUCUGCGGAACCUGUAGGACUGCCAGGAGGGUUACCUGCAAGUUUCACUGCUUUUAUCGCUGGACCUCCCUUCCCCUCCCCUCCUCUGCUGAAGUUCCCAAGAGGAGCAGGGGUGGGCUUGAGGAGGGGGGAAAGAAAGAGAAUGACCCAGUUGCUUUUCUUCCCCCAUGAGGAUGGUGACUUAGUCUUGUUUCUCCUUCUGGCAGAGAGAAAAGGAGCCGAGUGAGAAGGGACCUGUUGUCGCCGUGUGCACACAAGCCCCUUUCUCUCUUGCUGCCCUUUUCCUGGAGGCUGUGAACAAGUUUGGUAGAAGAAGGGACAGCUUCUGUCCUGGGCCUGCUUUGUCCUCUGCCCCCAGCUGCCACUUCGCCUGUCUCCUUCCCUGCCUCUCCUUCCUCUGGUCCUCGUGGAGGAUAAUUUUUGCUUUGAUAUCAGCUGUCUUUGCGGAAGAGGAGAGGUCCCGCCCCUCCUUCAUCCACCUCCUCUCUUCUGUUUCAGUUGCCAAACCGGAGAAGGUUGGUUGUGCCUAAGUUUAAAGCCUGGGCUGCUUCUCUGUGAUGUAAAAGCAAGUUAAGCUUAGACUUGAGUGCUGUCUAAAGGCAGUCUGGAGAUGGAGGAGCUGUGAUCCCUCCUUCCACCACUGGAGGAGGCAGCACAACAAAAUCAUGAUUUUCCUGUUGCCAAUUAUUGGACCAAUAAUCUGGGCUGAGCCAGAAGAGCCAGGCCUGAGAAUUGUGGAUUGAUGUAAUUAUGGGUGGACACACGGGUGAAACAAGGGAAGUGCAAAACUUUUACUUGAAACCCGUGAAAGAAAUGAAAUGAAAUGAAAUGAAAUGGGUCUGUCUCUUGUAUGUGUAUUUGUACACAUUUCUUAACAGUCAUUCGUUCAGCUUCAGCCACCCAGUAAUAGGAGGUCUCUUUUAUAAACUAUAUGAAAACAAGCUACAAACAACAUAAAAACCAACAUGGGAAGAGCUCAGCAGAAAACAUAAACUUUAGUAACAGGAAUAGUACAAGUAGUCCUUGCUUGAU